AUGUGUGUAUUUGCAAUAUUGUGUUUCGCUGCGAUAGCUACCGCACUACCUCUUGAUAAUACAGCUUUAAAUAAUAUUACUGAUAUCCUGAGUACUGAAAAGCUACCAAUAGAAUCAACAAAUUUGCCACAUGAUAAUUUGAAUCAAGGGAACGCAAGUAAUAUUGAAAACUCUGGUGAACUUAAAAAUAACUCAAAAGACUAUUAUGAUGGGAGGGGAGACACACCUCUGCUUGAUUUGGGUUCAUAUGAGGAACAACAUAAUAAAGAAAAAGAAAUAUCGUUGAAUACCAUCGACGAACCUACUAUAAAAAAUAAAAAAAUGGAAAACAAUAUGACUAAUGAGUUUGCAGAACCAAAGUCAACUGAAAACGUUCCAAUCACAGAGACUAACACAUUAUUAGGAGAAAGUACGACUUUAUCUGUCUCUACUGAAAAGGAAGAACAAACAUCAUUAGUAACAUCUAACUCUCUUCAGGAAGUAAGAGGAUUAGAAAACCAAAAGACUAUCUAUACUACGCCUUUACCUCUGAUUGAUAUUCAACACAAACACUUGAAAGAAAAUAUAUUUUCACCAGCACUCAAUGCUGGUCCACAAAACGAAGAAGUGUCAGAAAAACAAGAGAUAACAUCUUCACCAGUUCCUAAAUCUGAUAGUCAACAAAAAGAACAAGAAUUCAAAAGUGAAGCGAGUAAAGUGAGUGAAGCACCGAAAACGCCUUCAUCAAUUCCUGAAUCUGUAAGUCAACCAAAAGAACAAUUACAAGAUAUAACGUUGAAAAGUUUUCCAAAAUCUCAGAUUCAAUCAAAGGGAGAAAUCUCAGUAAGUAAACCAAAAACCACCUCACAUUUACCCGACAGUAAAACUCAACAAAGCGGUCAAUCAUUGAAAAAAGAAAUAAUGCCUUUUACAAAUUUACUUGCUUCUGGUAAUUCAAAAAGACAAGAAGUAAUAGAAGGUGAACAUAAAAUACAUUCCUCAUUACCUGUAAUUAAAAAUCAACAAAAAGAACAAGUACUAAAAGAACAAGUACUAAAAGGAAAAGACAAAACAUCUCCAAUGUUAUCAGCAUUCAAUAAUAAAAAAGGACAUGUAAUACCCUUAUCUGAUUCUCAUGUUCUACAAAAAGAGCGAGGAUCAAAUGCAGAAAAGAGUUAUAUUGCAAAUAAGCUAAAAGGACACAACAUGAAACUAGAACCUAAAGCCGUAGCGCCUGUACACAUACUUGAAAAUCAAAAACAAAAAGUACCAGAAAGGGAAGAGAUCACUUCUUAUCCUAUAUCUGAUAUUGAGAAAGAAGAAGACGAAUUAGGAGAAAUAUAUAAUUGUGCAGAAGAAAGAAAACCUUGGUUUAACGUAGCCGUGCCUCCUCUGUUUUAUGGAAAUGGACUUCAGGCACCUGUUCCGGUAGACCUUUUACCACCUCCAAUUUUCUUACAAUAUCCCAACCCCUUCUUCUAUAAACGCCCGCUUAUAAGAUAUCCUAAUUUUGUGAUUGUUUAA